GCAUUACGCGAAAUGUUUUUGGUAUUUGAUCGAAGAAACAUGGAGAAAAUACUUGUCAUAGGACUUAUGUGUGCUCUAUCCGUUGUAGUCAGUGGUUCUAGAGGGUAUGGCUACUACCGUAAGCCACCUCCUCCUUCCGGAGGAGUGUGUAGUUUACGACCCGAUGUAGGAGAAUGUGACGGAAUAUGUCCACGGUUUUACUAUGAUGCACGAAGGCGGACUUGUCGAAGAUUCAACUAUGGUUGCUGCGGAGGAAAUGCAAACAACUUCAAAACUAAGGCCCUCUGUCAGAGAGUGUGUGGAAGGCGGAAGCCGUGUCCACUUAUUUUCUGUUUUGUUGGAGCUUGUACAAUUCAAACUUGUCCCAACUUCCCAAAAGCAACAUGUGUGGCUGUGUGUCCGUGUGAGUCCCUCUGGCUAUACAAUGGAGAGGACGUCACCAGUCGAUGCUGAUCAAUGACCAAUAAAUUUUUAUAAGUAAAA